AUGCUUCCUGGUGAAAAAAGCAGGGCAGGAGUGAUGAAAUGCUGAUUUGAGUGUGCUUUUAUUUGCAUAAAGAACACUGGAAAAGGUGUGGUACAGAUAGUGGAGGUGAUACUGAAUGGGAUGGUUCUCAUGUGUAUCGUGGCCUCCUACUUUGUCCUUGCUGGAUUCAGUGCCAGCUUCACCAGUGGCGGCGGCUUUGGGAACAACUAUUACUCACCCUUUGAGGGCACCGAGCUGGAGCAGGUUCGGCAGCUGGACCAGCAGUACACAGUCCUCCGGGCACCCCUGAUAUAUGGCGGUGUGGCUGUUUCUCUGGGGCUGGGUGUCCUUACUAUGGGCGUUUUACUCCAAGGAGCCAAAAGUCUAACCAAACUGUCGGCGAAGUGGCUCCUGCUGGAGGCUGCCUUCAGCCUCCUGGCGGCAGUGAGCUACAGCGUAGGCAUUGGCACUUACCUCCACGUAGCCUUGCGGAUCAAUGCCACAGACACUUGCGGAGCCAGAGCGCGGCUCUAUGCCCGCAAGGGUCUCACCUGGAUGAACUGCCAGCUGGCAGGCACUGAUGGAGCAGCAGCCACCUUUGCUUGUCUUCUGGUGGUUACGUACGGUGCCAGCGUAGUGCUGGCCCUGCGGAGCUACCAGGAACAGAAGCACUACAAAGACAGCCAAGCACAGAACAGAAAUUACAAUGACGCGCCUGAAUACCUGUGGUCAGGAACGCUCUGA